AUGGCGUCAAACACAAGCGAGCAACUUAGUGAGCUGUUAUCAGAGGAGAAACUAGUUGAAAUAUGGCCGGAUUACCCCUGUUUAUAUGAUGUGAGGUCAGCAGAGUUUAAAGACAGAGAUCGCCGACAACAAGCCACGGAGGAAAUUGCUCGAAAAAUUGCUCAAAAUGGUUUGUAAAUUAACAUUUUGAUUUUAUAAUUUAUACUGAACACGAAGUCGAUAUGAAAAUUUCGAUAAUUUCGGAAUAUCAUACAUCACGGCACAUUGAAAUAUAGUCAUAAUUUAAUAUAUUUCUUAUGUUUUCUUACAACAGUCGAUUGGGUUAAAAGUAAACUUAGACAACUGAGAAACAGCUUUACAAAAGCAAGAAAACCACCGCCAUCAGGCAGUGCAAGGCGAAACCCAACAAAACGAACAUCCUGGAUCCUUGAUAAACUUCAAUUUUUAGAUGCAUAUGUUGCUAGCAGACCAACAACAUCUAACAUGGAAGUGGUAUGCCUGUUUUUAAACUAAUUAAAAUACAUAUGAUAUAAACAUGAUGAACCAUAAUUGCAUAAACAUGUUUUUCUUAUAUAAAGGUUUAUUUAUACUCGCUGUUCCUUUGCCCUCUUUGACGAAUUUCUAACUGAUGUUGUUUGUAUUCCAUACAAUUGUGUAUCUCUUCUCCAUUGACCAGGCGUGAACUGCUGAUUAUUGGUAUCUUCAAUAUCUUGACAGCUUGUGUAGUUGCUCGUGUUGUUUGCAACCAUAAAAUUGUGCAGACAACAGGUUGCAAGAAUAAUGUCAUUCACUUUUUCAUGUCUGAGGUUGAUAGUUGUGAGAAACACUCUAAAUCGAUUUGCCAAGAUGCCAAAUGCAUUUUCAACCACUCUUCUUGCUCUUGAUAAUCGGUAAUUAAAGAUUCCCUUUGGUUUAUCUAGUUUUCUGUGUGGAUAAGGUUUCACUAUAUUCUUUGUUAAAGGAAAUGCAUCAUCGGCUACAAUAUGAUAACAAAUCUUUUCAGAAACUCCCUCGAUAGUUUCUGGUGGUGGAAGAUUUAGUGUUUUAUUUGCCAGAGCUUUCUUUAAAGAACAAUCUGCGAACACACCUGCAUCUCCUGCCCGUCCAGUAGCUCCAACAUUCACAUAUAAGAACUUGUAGUUGGCAUCGACCAGGGCAAGAAGAAGGACACUAAAGAAGUGUUUAUAAUUAAAAAAUUCUGAACCACUAUCUGCAGGUUGUUGAAUUGCUAUGUGCUUUCCAUCUAAUGCCCCAAUACAACAGGGAUAAUUCCACUGUGCUUGGAACUCAUCAGCAAUUUUUAGUCACUCUUCUUCUGUUGAUGGGGCCUAUUAAAAUAGUUUGAUAUUUGCUUUAGGUCUUCUUUUAUUUUGCAAAAAAAUAAAUCAUAGCACUUCAUGUUGUGUGCAAGAUUAGCUGUAACUAGAUAACAAGGCUGACAAGAAGCCCAGGAGAGGGGAGGGGGGGGGAUUAGGGCAAAAUACCCUACGAGUGCUCAGAGGGCCUGCUUUUGCCAGUCUUGUUAGAUAAUCUGUAUAUGUAUGAUACCUCACCAUACACAUUUGAGAAAUAAAGUUUUGACUGUAGACCUAAUUAGUAAAUCUCAAGUUCUUUAUUUUGGCAAAAGUAUAUCAAAGUUGUUUCAAAUUGUAUUAAUGUAUUUUUAGAAACUAUUUAUUCAAUAAGCUGCCUUUUAAUUCUUUAUUAGGCAGAUCCUAUAACACCGACUGAUGUAGCUGACAGUGAUAAUGAUGAGAGUGGUGACAUUUUGGCAGAUCUUGAUCCAGAUGGUGAUGAUAAUUUGCUUGAUGAUGUAAAUGAUACAACCACACCUAGGUCAACAAAGCUGCCUCUAAAAUCAAGACCUAAAUCCAUGAAAAAGAAACUACAAGAGGAAGAAUUUGAAGUCAUGAAGGGAUUGGCCUCUUCGAUUGCUCAAAAUAAUAAGGAAAAGAAAAAGGCUAAACCUGAAGGAGGAGAGUCUGAAGCCGUUGGAAAUUUUGUAAUAGAGUCCAUGAAAAAGCUAGACCCUACAGUGCAGCACAUUGUGCAGUAUCAUAUAAAUAAUAUUUUGUUUCAGGCCCAAAUGGGAAUGUUGGGGCAGGGGCAAACCCAAAUGUCUGGUGCCAAACAGCAAAGUAGCCGUCAAGUACAGCAGUUCUCUCCUUGGUUCAACCAUGAUGAAAACAUACUUAAUUCCUGA